AUGGCCAAGUCUGAUCCAUCAGAGACGGCGCCGCUGCUUGCGCCGCCCGUCGUCGACCCCGAAGCCGCCGCACCACCACCUCUCACCGGCAAUGGCUCUCAGAACGGCCAGGUCGACGGCGUCAAGGAGCUGGGAAACCGCAUCUACGUCCUCCUCCCCGCCGUCGCCAUCGGCUUGCUGCUCUCUGCCGUAGACCAGCUCAUCACGCUGGCCUCCUACACCAAGAUGGGCAAUGACCUCAACGCCCUCAACAGCGUGAGCUGGAUCGCCACCUCGUACUUUCUCACCCUCACCAGCUGCCAGCCGCUCUACGGCAAGCUCAGCGACAUCUUCGGCCGCAAGGAGUGUCUGCUCUUUGCCUAUGCCGUCUUUGGCCUCGGUUGCCUCGGCUGCGGCCUCGCCCAGUCCAUGGUGCAGCUGUGCGUGGCGCGCGGCGUCGCGGGCGUCGGCGGCGGCGGCAUGACGGCUGUCGUCUCCAUCCUCGUGUCGGAUAUUGUGCCCCUGCGCGAGCGCGGCGUCUGGCAGGGCUACAUCAACAUCAUCUUCGCCGCGGGCACGGCGACGGGUGCGCCUCUCGGUGGCAUCCUGGCAGAUUCCAUCGGCUGGCGGUGGUCAUUUAUCGGACAGACGCCGCUCUGUGUCAUUGCCGCCCUCGUCGUCUACUUUGCGCUCGACCUGGCCCCGCCAACCACCGACCACCUUUGGUCCAAGAUUAAGCGCAUCGACUUCCUCGGCGCCCUGACCCUCGUCACCGCCGUCUUCGCGCUGCUUUUUGGCCUCGAUGCCGGCUCCAAGGUGGGCUGGACGCACCUCAGCACCAUUCUCGCCCUCGGUGUCGCCGCGCCGCUCUCCCUCGGCGUGUUCCUCUACGUCGAGGCGCGCGUGGCGUCGCACCCCUUCGCACCGGGGCGCAUCAUCUUUGAGCGGAGCAUGUUUGCGUGCUACAUGACCAACUUCUUCAGCAUGGCGGGCCAGAUGGGCGCCUUCUUCUUCCUGCCGCUGUACUUUCAGGCCGUGCACGGCUUCAGCGCCACGGUGAGCGGCGCGCUGCUCGUGCCGGGCAUGGUCGGUGGCGUCGGCGCCUCGAUUGCCGGCGGGUGGGUGAUUAAGCGCACGGGCAGGUUCUACUGGAUCACCGUCUGGGGGUUCGGGCUGUUGUUUGCCGCGCUGCCCGUCAUCGCGGCCGGCCUGUGGAUGCGGAACGUGGCUCUCGAAGAGAUUGGCUACGUCAUCUGCUGCAUAGGUGCAUACUCUGGCGUCACGACAUCUCUCAUUGGCCUCCUCGCCAACGCCACCGUCGAGGACACCGCCGUCGUCGUCGCCUGCUCCUACCUCUUCCGCUCGCUCGGAUCCAGCAUCGGCAUCAGCAUCUGCUCCGCCGUCCUGCAGCAGGUCCUCCGCGGGGAGCUCGACCGCCGGCUCGUCGGCGACGACGCCCGCGAGAUUGAGAAGCGCGUCCGCCAAAACUUGGAUUACAUCCGGGAGCUGACGCCCGAGGUGGCGGAGAUGGUGAGGACGAGCUAUCAGACGGCCGAGCUGGCGUCGAUUGCGCCCGCCGUGGGCUUUACGGCCGUGGCGUUUUUGUUUGCCUUUUGGGUGCGCGAGACGGCCAUUCGCAAGUGA